AUGGAUCUUAGGGACGGAAAAAAGACAGGUGCUGGAGAGGAUAUGGAGGAGAAAAAAGAGACAAUUGAGGAGAUACCAGAGAAUGAAAAAAUGAUGAGUAUGUUUGCUAUGAUAAUGAGUAGGAUGGAGGAAAGUAGGGAGGAAAAUAGACAAAUGAGGGAGGAAAAUAGAGAGAUGAUGGAAAAAAAUGGGGCUAUGAUGAAUAGGUUAGAGGAAAAUAUGGAGAAAAAGAUGGAGAAAAAUAGGAAAAUGUUAGAGAAAAAGAUGGAGGAAGGCAUAGUUAGGUUUGAAGGAAAGGUAGAUAGGUUAGUGGAAAAAGUUGGUAAUAUCGGUAGAAGGUUAGAUAGUACUAAGGUUGAGCUAAGCCAAGAGAUGGAAUUUUUAAAAGUAGAAACAGAUAAAAAGUUGGAACAGAAUAAGGAAGUGAUUAGAGAAGAGGUAAUUGGUAGAAUAAAUGAGAUAGAGAAGGUACAGGAUGAUAAGAUUAGGAGAUUCGUGGGAAGGGAUGUUAAUGAUAAUUUCGUUAAGGUACAGGAAGCAGUGGCCUUGGUGGAUAAAAGAUCGGAAGAAAGAGAUGAGGCAAUAGAAGAUAGGAUUCGAGGGAUAGAAAAUAUAGGUGUAGUAAAAAGUAUAGGUGUUUUUCAAGGGGGAAGGAUAGAGAAUAGGUUUGAUGGGAGUAUACGGAAAAUUCACUCUGAGGUGUUUGUGAACAUCUUAAGAAAUAGAACAGCAAAUAUUAAUUGUGUUGAGGAAAUGAAGGAGUAUAUCAGGGAAGCAUUUGAUAAAGAUGUGUUGUUAUGGUUUUCUAGUAGGGAGAGGGAAUUUGUAUCAUACGAGGACUUUGAAAAGAGUUUUUUAGAUUGUUACUGGGGGGAAAUUAAGGAAUCGCUUCGUAAUGCCAAAGAAACUGUCUCAGGAAGAAACACUGCUGAGAAAACAGAAGAGCGCGAACGCUACAAAAAAAUUAAGGAAAACCCUUUGCUUUACGAAUAA